CCAAAGAUUGUUAAGGCGGAGAAAAGCCCCUUGCAAACAGUUUCAAAUAUUUAAAAAGUGUGCGCACCAUUAUUUGUGAACGCCGCUGCUUUUGUCACACUGUGAAGGAGUGAAAUUACGGUUGGAAUCUGGAUUGCUACAGGUAUCUGCACACUGCGCACGUUGUAGCAUUUGUACCAAUAAUCUUAGAGGGACAUCCUUACUAAUUGUUCUGGCAUCACCUGACUGUGCCCAGAGGAGAUGACGGCAGAACCCAGUGACUCAGGGGAGGCUCUUCCCAAUGGCAGCCCAUCGCCAUCCAAACGAGGCAGAGGUCGACCAAAGGGCUCUGUGAAAAAGGCUAAGAUAAAUUUAUUUCCGCGGAAACUCUCCCGGGUCCCCAAAGUCAUCGAGUUCUUCUCUGUCUCUGCGCCCAAGGAACAGGAACGCAAACGUGGACGGCCCAAGAAAAGAUUGAGGGGUCGGCCAAGAAAGACACCACUGUCACCAGACGAGGAGGAGGCGGAUAAGAAGAUGAGGCAGCAGUCAAAGCAGAGGAAGCGUAGACUAUCAAAAUCGCUGGGGCGUCCGCGCAUCCACCCCGUUAAAGAUUCCCAGACCCCCAGUGGGCCGCGUAAAAGGGGGCGCCCUCGUAAGUCUGACUCAACCCCCAGCAGAACCCCCUCUAAGGGUGCUGCUGCUGCCGCCACCAAUGGGACCCCUAGCAAGAGAGGGAGGGGACGACCUCCCGGUUCAACAACCAAAGCGCGGCGUCUCCCAUUUACCCCAGGUCGGAAGAGGGGGAGACCGCUGGGCUCGGGGAAGGCCGCAGCUGGUGAUGGAACCCCACGGAAGAUAGGCCGUCCACCGGGGAGUAAGAAACGGUCUCUGGAGGUGGCAGCAGAUGGCCCGCCAAAAAAGAGAGGUCGACCACUUGGGUCUGGGUCUGUAUCCCCUAAAAAGAUGAAGCAGAUUGUGGAUGAUGGUACGCCGAAGAAAAGGGGCAGACCACGGGGCUCUCUCGGCAAGAAGAAAAGGCACUGGAGGGCAAAAACACCAGAACCUCAGCCGGCCUAUGACGGCCCUCCACGCAAGAGGGGUCGACCCCGGAAAGCCCAAUCAGCUGACCUCACCUCUGGCAGUGAAGAAGCGGAGCAGGAGCCAACUGCGCUGGCCCAGGAGGAGGGGCAAGAGAAUGGACAGGCGGCAACAGCAGCCAAUGGGAGCACAGAACCAGCCCCAGUAGAAGAGGGGCAUGAUGACAUCCUGGCCCCCGUAGAGGAUGAAGACGAACUUCAGGGUGUGGAUGAGGGCAAUGCCGCUUUUGUCGAGGAGGUUGAGGAGAAGGAGCUGCCAGUUGGCAAAAGUGGGUCUAGUGGGAAGAAGACCCUCGUCACUAAGGAGGUCGAGGAGAGCGAGCCGCCAGUUGGCAAAAGUGGGUCUAGUGGGAAGAAGACCCUCGUCACUAAGGAGGUCGAGGAGAGCGAGCCGCCAGUUGGCAAAAGUGGGUCCAGUGGGAAGAAGACCCUCGUCACUAAGGAGGUCGAGGAGAGCGAGCCGCCAGUUGGCAAAAGUGGGUCCAGUGGGAAGAAGAUCCCCAUCAAGCGGGGUGCCUCGUCGCGUUCAAGAGCCGUGUGAGAUGCCCGGGGUUGUAAGAAAAAAGGAGGCCUUGAUAAGUUGACUCUGCCAACGUUUUAUUUUUUUAAUGAGAUGAACAGUAUAUGUAAUGCCUGUUUAUCCUUUCCAAAUGUAAGUAAAGCGCUCACUGCUUCCGCACACAGUUGCAUUCCGUCAACGCAUGUCAGUGGGUGUUCCCGAUGGUAGCUAUGCAAAUGACUUAAGGUAUAACCGUAAUUUGAUUGGCUGGUGCCGUCUGUUGUUCGCUUGUUCGUAAUUUGAUUGGCUGGUGCCGUCCGUCAGUGCAGCAAAGGUUGAACUUCUCAACGUGAGCGACGCGACGCAAUUAACCCACAAUUCAGUUCAGCAACGGUUAACAGUUAAGCCCAUGUGAAGUGGACAGGAUGCGUCUCCAGCACUGCAACGUACGCAACUGUAGCCCGACAUGUUGGCAUUGCCUAUAUCCUAAGCAAACGUUAUAGGUUAAUUAACUCGCACAACUUAAAUUAAAGUAGUAAAAUAAUAAAGAUAAAUUCUUUUGAUAAUGAAAUUUUAAGAAUGGGGAUUAGAUGACGUCACACCUCGACGUGCGCGGUGACCACUGUGUUAAAUACGGUGCUUACACACAGUUGCGUGCAGUGCUGGAGGUGCAGCUCGUCCACUUUAUAUGGGCUUAUUUCAUCCGUUGCCGAACUGAAUUGUGGGUCCGUUGGGUCGUGUUGCUCCUGUCGCCCCUGUCAAAGUUAAACUUUUGCUGCACUGACGGAGAGCAACAGAAGGCACCAGCCAAUCAAAUUACGGUUAUAGGCCUACUUCAAGGCAUUUGCAUAGUAGGCUACGCACCCCCGACCGUCUGGAACACGCGUUGACGGAACGCAACUGUGUGUAACCACCGAUAUACUGAGCCCUCAAGAUGUUGUUGCCAACUGGAGAUCCUAAACAAUUUUUUCAACAGUAGUCCCUUGGGGAGCCUAUGCUACUUGUGCUUUGUAUUGACACUUAGACCAAACCCAUCUAAUGUCAUUAAGAUGUUUAGACACAUCAUGUUAAAAAUAGACAUAAAGCUCAUUUUAGCUGGCGGUUGUCACCUGAUGGUCUGGUCGCUUGCUCUAUGUCUUGUCCCAUUCCCUAAAAUAGAAAGGAGGAUUAUGUCACUGAUCGUGUGUCAGUUGUCUGGUGAUCACCUGCGGUCUGUGUCAGUCUUAAGAAAGAGAGUUGGGACUCCCAGGGUGGACUGAUUACUUAAUUAGUGUUGUUCAAGGUAGUCAGUGGUUAUUGUUGUAAAAAAAAAAUGUUGAAAGAUGUCUAGACCUACAAUGUCACAAUUGCAAGAAUCAUGAUUUAAGUCAAGAAACAUUUUUUGUAACACCAAAAGCUACUUGCUGUAUUAAGAGUGAAAGCAACUGUUAUUUGGUAGAUCUUUUAGAUGUGCCCCCUGUUAUGUCAGCCAGUGUGCUUUUAUGUUUGUUUUUAAAGAAUGUGUUUCAAGAAUUUUUAAUUUUGGCCUGUAUUUUUUUUUAUCUUCUUUACAAAUGAAAACAAGCUCACUUUUAAUUUGGCUUGUGAGUUUUCUUUGUGUUUUCGUGUGUCAUUGUUGACCUGUUUUAAGCAUCUGACAUUUUAGAUGGACAUGUUAUUUUCUAUAACAAUUAUGUUAGCCCGAUAAGGUGGUUAAAUUGGAAAUGCACAUGAUCAUGAAACCAUGUAUUUUAGUGAAAUCAAAGAACAGGAAGAUGGUAUAGCCUUCAAUGUGUCAUAUUACAUAGCCUCAUGAAAGGGAAAUGAUUGUAUUUCAAAAUUUGAUAGUUCAUUUUGUGUUGUUAAAGCUACUUGGUUAUCCUACUGCUUAUGUUAGUAAAGUGACACCUCAUGACAGUCCCAGGAGAAGGAACUCUAUUGGGUUUUGAUCCACGUGGUCAAACUUUAUUGUUGAGACUUGAGUACUUCAUUUUGUUGGGAUUAUUUUUAAUUGUUUUAAAUAGAGGUAGAUUUAUGUGUUUUUCCCACUGUUUCAAGUACUGUUUUGUAGAUGGUAAGGCCUCUUGUAAAUGCAAGGCCUCAGCUACAACAUGAAAGGCUUUUGCUCUCCCUUUUUGCUGGCAUGUUUCCUUCCUGUAACAAAUUACAUUAUGUAUGUUGAUUUAGUGUUCCUUCAACUAAAUAAAGUCUAUUCUUUCAGUGUUGAACAUAA